AGUCGGUAGCUGGCAGUGGAGGGAGAAGGAGCUCCGACUGUGCUCUUAGAGCAGUUUUUGUGCCUCUCGGCGCUUGUCGUGCGUUUCUUUUUGAAGUAAAACAGCAGGUCCCUGACCUCAUAGACCAUCCAGUUUGGGAGGUGGCGGCAGACUACGGGCUGAGGCCCCAGAUCUGCCUGGGGUCAGGCUGCUUCUAAAAGUGCAGGGCUACCCUCAGUAGUGUGGCUGCUAGGGCAGCACAGUUACAAUUUCAUCGAAGGCUCAGGCAGGAGUGGAGAGGAGUGUAGGUGCCCCAUGUGGAAUAUACUGACCUGUUGUGUGUGCCACAAAGUCAGCUCCAACUGUGGCUGGCACAGGGGGAAGGCGGCAUCCAGUUAUGAAUCUGAUAUUUAUGAGGCUGUGGCUGCUGCAACAUCAGAAUCCAGUACUGUAGAGCCUGGCAAGCUGGAUGUGGGAGCCACGGAGGGCCAAGAUCUGCAGCACAUCAGCAACCAAAAGAUGCCCACAGGUUCUGUUCCAGAUCUGGAGGAUUCUGCACUUGAUAUUGUGGAGGACAUGUUACCUGAAAGGGUGAGCUAUACAGCCCAAAAUUCCUACCCUCCUGUUCCAGACCUGGAGGAGUGUGCGCUUGAUAUUCUGGAAAAUAAGAAGUUAUCUCACAUGGUCAACUAUACAGCCCACAAUUCCUACCGUCCCCCUGAGAACUGCCUGAGUUUAAAAUUUCUACCACCAAGUGAGGAAGAUGAUGAUGAUGCCCAGUUUUCUGAAGUCAUCAAGAGACUAACAGAUCGGUGUAAGGGGUGUAGCAGAAUUGAUCUCAUCCUCAUAGUAUCUUCUUUUGUCUCAUUGCAGAUUUUGCCAUCACCUGUCCAGGAUUCUCCUGAGGACAACCUGAGUUCAGUAAGCCUACCACGAAAUGAAGAUUAUGACGGUGAUGAUGAUGAUGAUGAUGAUGAUGAUGAUGAUGCCCAGAUUUUACCAUCACCUGUCCAGGCUUCUGUUGAGGACAAGCUGAGUUUAAUAUGCCUACCACCAAGUGAAGAUGAUGAUUGGGAUGAUGAUCAUCAUGAUGCCCAGAUUUUACCAUCACCUAUCCAGGCUUGGCCGGAGGACCACCUGUUUUUAAGACGCCCACCACGAUGCAAACAUGAAAAAGAUGAUGAUGGUGAUCUUGAUGCCCAUAUAACAGCUCAGAAAGAAAACGACUUGACGCUGGAGAGUCUAAGUGAGGAGGAGAUUCCUCCAGCUUGGCCGGAGGACCGCCUGUUUUUAAGACGCCCACCACGAUGCAAACAUGAAAAAGAUGAUGAUGGUGAUCUUGAUGCCCAUAUAACAGCUCAGAAAGAAAACGACUUGACGCUGGAGAGUCUAAGUGAGGAGGAGAUUCCUCCAGGUAGGCAACUACGUGCCAGGAAAAACCCAAUGGGAAAAGGUUCCCAGGAGCCUCCAGGUUAUCCCUGCUGCUUGUGAGGAGGGGCUGAGGGAGGGGGUAUGAAAUCAGAAAGAAAAUGGAAACGUGUGUGAGGUCUGGCUUGUUGUUUUCAGAGUUUCUUGGCAUCAUGGUAAGAACUGUCUUUAUGGGCUAUGAGGGUGCUGCGUUCAUGAGAGAUUAUCUUUGCAGUGCACCUGCUCUUUUCUGCCUGUGGAACAUCAGAGCCUUUGGUUUGGAUUAGUCAACACUCCUUGGGAUUGUCCACAAGGGGUGUAGGCUUAAGCACUGGGUGUCAUCUGUGAUGAAGGGAAUCUGGGGGAUGCAACUCUCUCACAGGCAUUUCCUGGAACCUAGAGAAACAGUCCUUGUGCUAUGUGCCAAGGGGAAAUCGAGAAUCACCCUCUGAACUUUCAGGACUUGUUAGUGCACAUUCAUGUUUCUGUCCUCACUGUGCGCUCUUGGUUUAAAGGGAUCUCCCGGGGUGGAUGGUGGAGUGAAUAUUCACUCUGGGCUCACUGGUAAAACUCCAGUCUCCUUGGAAGGGAGGAGGAAAGUUUGACCUUGAGCACAUUUCCAGGCUCCACUUCCCAACUCACUCACAGAUUCUGAGAUGAGGCUUCUUUCUCCCCAGUUCUCUAAUUUUUGGGGUAGCCAGGAGUUCCUUCCCACAAAAGAUAGUAUCACACUGUUUCCUGUCUUCAAAAAUUUGGCUUUGGUUUUGUUCUCUAAGUUGAUAUUGAUCACUUAAGUUCUAGACUUUUCUUUUUCAUUCUUUUUUUUUUUUUUUUUUUUUUUUGAGACGGAGUCUUGCUCUAUCACCCAGGCUGGAGUGCAGUGGCGUGAUCUCGGCUCACUGCAAGCUCCACCUCUGGGGUUCACGCCAUUCUCCUGCCUCAGCCUCCUGAGUAACUGGGACUACGGGUGCCCGUCACCACGCUUGGCUAAUUUUUUUGUAUUUUUGGUAGAGAUAGAGUUUCACCAUGUUGACCAGGCUGGUCACGAACUCCUGACCUCAGGUGAUCUGCCCACCUCAGCCUCACAAUGUGCUUGGAUUAUAGGCAUGAACACUGUGUCUGACCAGGGUUAUUUUUAAUGUAAUUGUGGCUAUCUCAAGUAAUGGUGCUUUGAGUGUUUUUGUCAGUGGUUUUGGAAUAAUACCAGCACUCACUUCUGUGGAGUAGACUGUUAGAAGGGGCAUAUCUUUCACUAUCAUAAAUAAUGCAAACUUUUUCCAAAAUGAUAACACCAAUUCAUGCUCCUCUAACAGCAUAUGUGAGUAGCCAUUUCUCCAAAUCCUUGUGGGCGCUUAGUUUUGUCUCUUUCUAAAAAUUCCAUCACUGUGGUUAGCCUUUCAUUUAUAUAACAUAUUACUUAAGAUGUUUACCAAAAAGAAAUGUUGUUUUACUCUAAUGAUGCAGCGCAGUAGAUUUGUUUACACCCGCCUCACCACAGACACGUAAGUAAUGCAUUGCGCCGACAUUCCAACAGUUACGACUUGGCAAAAGGAAAUUUUCAGCUUUGUUAUAAUCUUACGGGACCACUGUCAUACAUGUGGUGUGUCAUUGACCAAAAUGCCAUUCUGCCACAUAUGACUUUAGUUAAUAAGCAGGUGCUUAAGAAUGAAAAUAAUAACAGCUAUAAAUUGAGUAUAUGGGCACUUCUGUAUGUUGCCUCCUUGAAGUGUCACAAUCACUUUGAGACUGAAUUAGUUUUGUUAUAGUCAUUAUACACAUGAGGAACGUGGGUGUCAGUUAAGUAAAUUACUCAGGAUAGACACCAAGAGCUGGAUCUCUUUAACACCAAAGGCUACUCUAUAAACUAACAUGCUACACCACCUGUACUGGCAAAGUAGACUUACCAUAAAAUGAAAUUUCCUUCCACAGCUGGGCGUGUGAGCUCAGUGAGGCUGCUGUUAACCAUUGCUCCAUGGGUCAGAAAUUGGUCUUGCUGAAACUUGGCUGGAGAAGCUCUUGGCUCAGGGAGUGAAAAGUUACUGACAGGUUAUAUGAGUGCAAUUGAAGGAUUAUGCUUCCGUAGAGCAUGUGGUGGAAUGAGAACAGAGAGAAUCAAAGAGAAUCACCCAGAGCAGGACACCGUCUCAAAAAAAAAAAAAAAAAAAAAUUGCCCAUCUAAUAGGUUAAAAAUUAGAUACAGUCAACCACACUGGGUCUUACUGUAUAAAAAAAAAAAUGUACUUUUAGACAGUGAUAGGAAAGAAGAAAAAAAUUAAAAUAGUUGAUAUGUUCUAUGUGAGACUGUGGAAUAAACUGCUUUUAAAUAGAAUUUUGUAUGAAGUUCUUUAGGCAAUAAGUAAAAAUGGAAGGGAAACCAAACAGCAGAGAGCAGCCAGGACCACAGUUGCCUGCGGAUGCAGAGACUGUGGUGGAGCCUGGAAUGCACCAAAGACCACGAGUCCCCGUGGGCAGUCAGUUCAGUGACAGCAUCACCAAUUGUCUGAUUGGCAGGCACCCCAGUAGCACAUGGACAGAACAAGGAGGCCUAAGAUGAGUCCAGGCCAUGGAAGGUCUCCAGUGAGGGGAUCUUGGAAGUUGUGAAAAGCAUCCUGGAGGGGGAGGUAGUCCUGCAGCUUAGUGGUCCAGUUUCCCGCACUGGUCUUACUUGGUAUGGCAUAGAGGUGCUCACACAGCAGCCCCCAGUAUCCUCCCACUUCCCUAAAAGCUUAAACAUACCACGAUGUGUAUCAGUUGCUUAAAGAGCACAAUAGCACAUUACUGAAAAACCAAAAUUGCAGAGAAGUGGCCUCAUUUCCUGGAAAUGUUUCAGGAAGUGGGAGGUGGUGAGGCUCCACUGGGGAAAUGCUCAUGACCAAAGAAAGAUGAGGCCUGAGGACUGGUGGUUAGGCUCAGCCACAUGGAGUCCACGUCAUGCCCUGCAAGAGCAAUCUGGUGGGGUGGUGCUGGGGAGGGGAGAGGGCCAGGGCCACAGAGCCUGUGCAGGGAUUCAGAACCAGAGGGCUCCUCAGAACGGGCAUAGGAGAUGGUCUGUAAGGACCUGUCCCACUCCAGUGAUGGCAUGAGGGACAGGGAGGGAGGAAAGCAGCCCCACAUAGGAGGACGCCCAGGGUGGGGAAGCAGGUCUCAGGAGAGCUAGGUUUCAGUCCAAGCAAGAAAGGAAAGAAUGUUCCAGGGAGAGGCUGAGGCCCUGGGGCCUCCGGAGGGCUUGGAAAAAAGGUUUCAGCAGAUGGAAUCAGAAAAGGAGUAUUCAGGGCCAUGAAGGGGAGGUGAGCUGAGCUUCUUGCAGCCCCUGAUGCAAACAGGGAUGAAGGACAUAAUGAGAUUAGUCCUGAGUCUGAGGCAGAGAGCAGUGAGGAGGCUGUGAGUUUGGGAAGGGAGGGAAGGGCCUGGCUAAAAGAAGGCAGGGUUCUGGGCCCUCUACACUCCUGCCAGGGAAGGUCAGAGCCCAGAGAGGCCCAGGUCUCCCUCCUUGCACCUGCACAAACAGGUGUACCCCUGGUAAGGGGGUGCUCUGUAGACUGCUGUGGAGUGAGGGAGCAGCUUCUCCUGGGCAUAGGACCCCAGGCACCUGCAGGAUGCAGGACUCCAGGCUCCCUCAGAUGCCUGCUGAUGGGUCUCUUCUGAGGGGCCAUAAACUGGCUUCCUGGGUACCCACAAUGUAUAAGGCACUUAUUUUCAGUAUGAUGCCCCAGCACUGCCAAAAUCAUACCCAUUUGUGAUAGGCACAAUUACUAGCCCCACUUUAGGGCUAGGAAAACUGAGGCACUGAGCAGUUAAUCAACUUGCCCCAGGCUCCAUAGAUAAACAGUCAGUGUAGAGGUGGGGUCUCAACACAGCAGGCUCCCUCCAUAGUGUGGGCUUAUAGCCACUGGCUGUCCCUCUGCCCUGGUCCAGCCUCAGCUGUCUGGGGUGGCAGUUUGUGCCUUUGGGCUACAGUUGAAUGACCAGUUGCCUCUUCCAGGCUGGCUCCCAUACCUCUCCCGGCAGCAGCUUCUUAAAUCCCAGAAGCUGAUAAUGUUGUGGUAAAUGGGCCUUGGAGAAUGGAGGCAAGGGUAUGGUGCUGAGGACUUCUAGGUCCCAACAUAGGCUGUGUUCCUGGCCCUCCCCUAGUAACAGAGGCACCUCUGUCCCUGGUCAUUAGAGAUGAGUUCCCGCAUCUCUAAUUUCUCCUCAGCCUGGACUGCAGAGGCGGGAGCCCAGGAGAUCCUUGCGUGGAGGCUGCUUAGUGGGAUGAUGUCAUAGUGCACAAAGCUGGGAGCCUGCCCUCAUUGAAAAGGGAUUGUCUCUUCUUCAUCCAGGGUGAAGCCCUUCUGUGGAGCCGACCAGGGUGCUGACCCAAAGGGCAGGCCCGCGUGUGCUGCAGGGUCCCCAGCUUUGCCCCUGGAGGUCUCAGUUCUCUCAACGUUCUGAGGAAAACUGUUGGCCCCAACAGAGAGCAAACCUCCAAGGCCACCUCCAACCCAUCCCCAGCACUGGGUUUGGCCUGUACCAUCCAGGACCUGGUGCUUCUGGGCCUGGCAUUUCGCCUUUGGCAGGAGAGUGAGAAGAGACGUGACCGUGGUCCAGGAAUGGAAAGUGCCAUUCCAACUUGAAAUAAAGAGACUGAGCACUUUUAUUCA